AUGGUUGGGGUAGAGGACAGGUACAGAGAGAAGCUCUUUAUCAAUCAGAGGACCAGAGCAUGCCAGUCUGUGUCGGUGAUGGCGUGCAGCGGGACCUAUGAGUACGUCAUCGAGGAGUUCUGUCUGGGGAAAUUCAGACUGGACAUGAAGGAACUGGACCAGCAUCACUGGUGCAGCUGGGAGGAUACAGUGGAACCUUAUGGUGAGCUCACCAACUGCACCUACCUGAUCGCCCUGAAGAUGGACUGUUUCUGGCCCAACCGGCAGGUGGACGAGUUCUUCAUCCGCAUCCACAAGCAGUACUUCCACGACUGCUCCCUGUCGGGACGGCAGCUGCGUGAUCCGCCCAACCAUAUCCUUGGGCCAUUCAUUGUGGUGCCCAUCCUUGUCACGCUGCUCAUGACUGCCCUAGUGGUGUGGAGGAGCAAACGCAGCGAAGGCAUUGUGUAA